AUGGAUCCAGGCUACUCAGAUCAUACACCCCUUAGCAUCAAUUUUGAUACAAGAAGGAAACAUGGACCUAAACCAUUUAGAUUCUUAAAUUGCUUGGCAGCUCUUGAUGAGUUUAUCCCGACUGUCAAAACUGCCUGGGACACCCUUACAAGAUACAAGCAUAUGGGUGCUAUAUGGUGGAAACUGAAGAUGGUGAAACAGAGUUUGAAAAAACUUAACCAUACUAAGCUGGGGAAAGUGGAUGAAAAAAUUCAGGAAUAUAGGCAAUUGCUUGCUGAUACAGAAAAGUCCCUCAAACUGGACCUUGAAAAAUGGACUCUAGUGAAGGAGAGCAUAUUGAAGCAGAAAUGUAGAGUUAAAUGGCUCCAUCUUGGUGAUGAGAAUUCUGCUUAUUUCUUUGCAUCUUUAAAGAUUAGGCAAGCCCAGAACACUAUCAAAUGCCUCACUAACAGCCAAGGCCAGCAGUUGCAGAAUCCAGAUCAAAUUGAGGUGGGGAUCAUGAACUUUUACAAAGCUCUUCUAGGUACCUCAGCUGAUCAGCUGCCUGCCAUUGAUCCUAGAAUAAUGCAAAAUGGAAACUGUCUUACUAAAGAACAACAAUUACAACUGAUUGUUCCUGUCACAAAGGAGGAAGUGUACCAGGCCCUUGAGUAUUGA